AGAAAGGGAACGAAGGAAAGAACUUUUUCUGCGCGAUAAAUUUGGCAAAACAGCGCCAAUUUGAACAGCAGCAAAUUGUGUUGUAUCUUAUUAUCUGUUUUUUGAUUUUGUAUUUCUGCCAAUUCUUUUACACAAAGUAAUAUUUUAUAAUUUUAGAAAGUAGCAGCAAAAACAUCAUUACAUACCGUAUUACUGCUAAAGGAAAAGAGUUUUUCCCGCACUAUAAAUCUGGUAAAACAGCGUCAACUUGUACAACAACAAUUUUUACUUCCUCGCGAAACGAUCGUUCGCGAGAGAUUCGGCUAUGUACAGGUUGGUGGGCGUGCGGCAAGUGCAGUCACCACUUCCUGCCGCAAAUGAUCGUCGCGGACGACGCUCGAAUAACACGUGUACAGUGUACACACGUACCGUUCGUAACGUACGUGUGUGCGGGCGUGGACAUGAAUGAACGUGGAGAUGCAUCUGCAUUAUCUGCAAAGACAAUAGCGUGGCUGUAUACGUGCGAACGUUGCACUUUGCAUCACCUACACCUAUGUACAAGUUAGAGCAUUAACGGCAAUCGGCGCACACCCGGAGGUAGCAGCGUGUUACCUCAUCGCUAUUGAAAUACAUAUAUUGUAGCAAAACCAUGACAACGCACGAUAGAUAUCCGUGGAAAGCAUAGAAAUGAUUAACAAAUCAGUCAUAAAAAGUUAUUCGUGUCGAAACGAAUGACUAUGGAUUUAGCUUAGUCCAGUGACAAUAACUUGGCAAUUUAAGGGAUUAUCGAAAUAACGCGAUCCUUUUUUCAGGAAGAUCCAAAAUUAUCUAUUCUUCGUUACCAAUUAAGUAUCAAAUAUGAAUAUUCCCCGCAUUCAAACUGUGCCACCGCGUCUAAUUGGGAGCUAUUUCUGUGGAUACAGAAACAAUAUACAUCCGCUUCUCUGUAACACUUAUUCUUGCUUACAUUCUGCUCCAGUAGAAACACCAUCCGCCGUGAAAAGUACACGGCAAUUAAUUUUUGAUAAAAAUAAUGAUUAUUUCGCCAGCUAUAUUUCUUUAGGCCGUUCAAUUAUGGCCGCAAACAUAAACAUAGAGAGAAACAGACUUACAUAUAAUAGUUGCCUGCACAAACAUACAUACGCUCGAUUACGGAUCACCUGCGAUUAAGUCCUUCCGAGGACUUCACUCCCGUGAGUUCUCAUACCCCAGUUUUCUGCCAGCAACCGUUCAGUGCGAGCACUGAUCGCGUUUCUCCGUUGCGAAAUACAGGCGCGCACACUCGUGUCGUGAUUCCGAGUUCGAGAUCCGAAACGAUCAAACAGGUGCUCGAUCAAUUUCAAAUAGACAAGUAAUUCAUAAAGGAUCGGACGGUCAGUGAUCGAUAAGAGCGCGAAAAAUAAAAUCGUGUUUGAAAACGAAGAAACAGUGGCAAAUGUCAGAACUAUUGGGAAAGAUCGAAGAGCCGGACGACAGAACCUGCCGUUCCGAUGAUUCUAACGGUGAAAUCUUUAAGAAUGUUCCGAGGAACAGCAGUACAUUUCGCAUUUGGAAAAUCGAGGGUUUACGAGUUACAGCCGUUACAGGAAGUAAUAUGGGACAUUUCCUCUCGGAGCUGGCAUACAUUAUCUACGCGGUGUCACCGAAAGACGGUCCACUACCUUACCCUGGAAUGCCGGUUAAGGAGAUAAAGUCGACUGCGAUAGUUCGUGUAAUUCAUUUCUGGAUUGGAUCUGCUUGCGAUUCAACAAUCUCUGGGGCAGCAGCCCUUCGAGCGGCCGAAUUAGAUUCACAAAUAUCUGCCACGAUUCUAUCAAGGGAGGCCCAAGGACGAGAAAGUGCUAGAUUUUUAGCCUAUUUCCGCCAGCAUCUUGUUAUUGAAAAUUUCCACUUUGAAACACCAUCAUGCAAAUUGCACAGAGUAACUGGCGUAGCGAUCCCUGUCUUGACGGAACUUGAAAAAGUUCAUUGGGAUCAUUUCAGUUCACGGGACGUUAUUCUUGUGGACGUUCUAUCGCAGGCUAUCGUAUUCCUUUGGUUGGGAUCGUCAGCAGAUCCAUUGCACAAACGACACGCUGCCAGUAUCUUGGAAGUGAGAAAAGAAAAUAACAAUGGUCGUAUCAUCAUCAUCGAUGAUGGUUACGAACAGACACUACCGGAGGGAGAUAGACAACUGUUCGCCAGUAUUUUAAAUCCUUCCACAAGAGUGGUCAAGCCGGAUCGCCUUUACCGAGUCAAUAUGCCAAGCCCAGUUAAACUGUAUAGAUGUAACGAACAAUCCGGUAAAUAUAAGGUCGCUGAACUGAAAUCUGGACCGAUUCUCCGAGCUGAUCUCACAUCCGAAGCCGUUUACCUAAUCGAUCGUGGUGAGGCUGGUGUUUGGGCUUGGGUCGGGCGUAAUGUGAACGCCCGAGAAAAAUUGGAAGCGAUUCGUAACGCACGAGGAUUUGUAAAAAAGAAAAAUUAUAGUAAUGGUGUAUUAGUGGAAAGAGCGCUGGAAGCUUGUGAACCAACGGAGAUGAAGGCUCUUAUUAGAGGGUGGGAACCGGCGAAGACAAGACCGCUUACUCUACCACCGAAUUUUGAUCCUGACUAUAUGAAUGAAAGACCUAAAAUGGCUACUGGCUGCCAACUAGUUGACGAUGGAUCCGGUCAAAGAACUCUUUGGAGAGUAACCCAUAAAGAAGGAAUGAUUCAAGUGGAUGACAAAGGAAUAUACUACGCAGAAGCUUGUUACGUAAUGUGCUACAAAUAUGGACAAGGACGUAGGAGUAGAACAAUCAUUUAUUGUUGGGAAGGAGUCCAUUCUAUAAACGCGGAUCGAGAAGCCGCUUUAGAAGCAGCUUGUCAUUUGUCAGAAGAUACCUCUGGCCAGUUAGUAAAAGCAUGUCAAGGCAGAGAACCACCUCAUUUGUUGCAGAUUUACGACGGAAAAUUGAAAAUACUAGCUGGAAGGCAUCGCGAUUCUCCUCCGGAAAAGUAUCUCGUUAGAGUUUUCGGAUCUACUCCAUACACGUCGAAAGCAGUUGAACGGCCUUUGAGAUCAUCCAGCAGCCUCGAUUCUAGUGGAGUUUUUAUUCUAUUUUCUAAUUCACCUGUAGUAUGGUGUGGUGGAAGAAGUACUGGUGACGCUAGACAAGCAUCUAGACGACUUGCGCCCAGAAAUGCACCUCUGAUAACUGAAAAUAACGAAGAUGACGAUUUUUGGAGAGAACUCGGAGGUAAAGGUACUUACGGCACAGAAGUUAUUGACGACGGAGAAGAACUUGAAAAACAUCUAUACCAAUGCUUGACGGACAAUGAAAUGUUUGUUGGCGAAGAAGUUCUUGGAUUUGGUCAAAACAGUCUCCUUCCAGAAGCUAUUUGGUUAUUAGAUGCAGGAAAUGUGAUAUGGAUCUGGAUUGGAAAGUCUUCUAUUCCUAAAUCGUUGAAGGAGUGUGUACAUGAUGCAAUGAUAUUUUUAUUCACUCACCCAGCUGGUCGAGAUCGAAACACAACGAUUUCUAUAAUUAAACAGGGUAUGGAACCUUCAACGUUCAUUGGAUUAUUCGAUAAUUGGAAUUACAAUUUACUGAGAGAAUACAAAUCGUUUGAAACAUUUUGCACACUUCUGCAAGAUAAAGAAUUUCUACCGAAAAUACAAACGUUAUCGAAAUCAUUGAGUGACUUCGAUAAUUAUGUAAAGUAUCCUCUUUCUGUCUUAAAAGGUGAUCCGGAAAAUUUACCAUCCGGUGUUGACGUUGUCCGUAAAGAAAUGCAUCUUACUUUCGAUAAUUUCAUUGCAAUUUUUAAAAUGGAACCGGACGAAUUUGUAAAACUUCCUGCUUGGAAAAGACAAAGACUAAAACAAUCGGCGGGACUUUUUUAAAACAUUGUGCUUUAAUAAUACUAUUUUGUACCAUAGUGAUUACAGUACUAAAAUAAAAUAAAAUCAUGUUAUAUAUUUAUAUUUUAAU